GCACCCACCUCCUGCUCGGCUGCAGCAGCCGAGGCGGGGGCUCGCCCCGUGCUGGCUGAGCCGGGGCAGAUGCUGAGCGGUGAAACUUGGCGAGGCCGCCGCCAGCGAGCGGCUGCAGAGGGCGGCCGGGCACGCGGCUGGGGCAGAGCGUGGAAAAAAGUCGCUUCCUUUUAUAGCCAGGCUGGGGCUGUUCGGUGCCGUGCGAGCGCCUGAGCCACCACGGCCACCCCGGCGCCCCCCCGGCUCCGCUGCCAACCCCUGCGGGGCCGUUUGUCCCCGUGCCUGGGGCAGGGAGCUGCUCCCGGAGGGGUGCAGGGCCUGGGGGCUCCGGACAGGAUGGUUUUGAGCUGCUCAUGGGGCUGCGUGCGGCCCUCCAAGGUCACCUGCAGAGCCCGGCCAAGGGCUGCGGGGCUGUGCCGUGGGCUGGAGCCGUGAAGGUCCCCCGGGGCCGGGGCACCUCAACGCCGCAGUGCUGGGAGAAAUGCCCAAGGGCAGCCGAGGCGGCUGGAGCCGAGGUGGGCCGGGAUGCGAGAGCCCUGCCCCUGCACCCUGGAUGCGGGGGCUCAGCGCUGGGCAAAGCCACGGGCUGACGGCUCCCACUGCACCCCAAGAGCCCUGCGGGAGCCCGAAGCUGCAGGGCAGGUGGAGCCCGAGGAGUUAAGCGGGGACAUCUCUGCAGUGUCCAGCCGCGGGACACCCACUCUGUCUGCUUUUUGAGGGAAAAGGGGUGCUGGUGCAGCCAGACGCGCUCUGCCCCAGCGUUGCCAUCAGGCUGGGGACGGGGCUCCCAAAAGCCGUGUCCCCAGGGUCCCCAGGACCAGGGGACAACCACGGGACAGCCCCAGGACGCCAGCAGAGCAUCGUGGGGGCACCACGGCCGUGCUGGCAGCUGCCCCCCACCCCGCAGCAAGGGCUGGAGGCUCCGGGGGCCACCGAGCAGCCUCUCCUCUGCCUGCGGGUGUCGUGAGCGGGGCCGGCGCCUGCUUGGCACCCACCGGCUCCUUGCAGAGAGCUGCGGCGGUCACGGUGCUGAGUCACGGCCGUGCUGGGCCCCCCCCCCAACCCCUGCACUCCUCGCUUGCCCUCCCCAGCUGCGCCGCCCCCUCCUGGGACGGGUCCCUGCAUUUGCCCCGCUCCAGCUCCCAGUUUAGGGGUAGGAAGGUCGCCGGGGUCAAGGUGUGGACGUGCUGCUGUGACACUCGUCCCCUCCAUUGCUCUGCCCUGGCCGUGCUGGGUCGGGGCUGCUGAGCCCCCCCAUCUCCCCCCCCCGCACACCUUCGAUGGUCUCCAGCCCCAGGGACCUCCACCAACCCCCCCCCAUCAGCAACGGCCUCUCGGCCCUCCCCUGCCUGCUGUGCCGGGCUGCGGUUUGGGGGCGCGGAGCACCAGGACCCCUGCGUCCAUCUCCUGGCCUUGCAAGGAGCUGGGCAAGGAGGGGGGGGUGCAAGAGGGGGUGCAGUCCCCCCCCUCCCCCCCCACCCGACCUGGCCAUAAAUUGCAGAGCGAGGGGGCCACAAGUGCUGCUUUGGCACCCUGGGCUGCAGCAGGGUGGCCAGCGAGGAGGGGGCUGGGGCAGUGCAGGGUGCUGGGGUGCCGCAGGGGGGGUGCAGGGUGCUGGGGAGGUGCAGCUGGUCCAUCCUGGCCCAGCACAGCAGCAGCAAGGAGGGGGGGGCUGCCAAGACCCAGAGCUGAUGGGCGGGGGGGUCGACUGCAGCCCCCUGGGAAGCAGCUCCGAGCAUUGGAACCCCCAACCCACGCAGGUUCACGGGACACGGCGCUCAGCCAGGGGGGCUGCCCACAUUGCUGAGCCCCUGCCCGUUCUGGGGUGCCCCACAGCCCCGCCAAGGGCAGCCACUGAUGAAAAGCACCCCCCCCGUGGGCGCUUUACCCGCCUGCGAGCCCUGGGGCCAGCACAAAGGCUGGGCACCCUGGGCACCGUGGGCACCCUGGGCACCCUCGCCCCAUGUCCCCCAGCUUCCCCAGAGGGACAGGGCUGGUCCCCAGCGCUGCAGAGCAGGGGGGAUGCCGGGGCUGGGGGCUUCUCCCUGCCGCCUCUCCCUCCCAACCCUACAUACUUCUUCAUAUGCCCAUAUGGAGUCGGCCGGCGUUAUGGAAUGUUAAGAAGUAUGUAUUUUUGGGCUGGGACCCCCACGCCGGGACCCUGGUGCUGGCGCCGGCCCCGGCCCCGGUGGCACCUCCGGAGAGAAAGUGCGUCCCUGGGGCUGGUAAAAAGGAACCAGAUCAACUUGCAACUGGAUUUGGUCCCCUUCAACCAGCUGCGGUGGCGCACAGGCUGCGUACUCGCUUCGUCCCCGCGCUGCAGGUGCCCGCGGGCCGGUGGCACGAGUGGCGUCCUGGGGACACGGAGGGGGCAGCCGGACCCGCGGUCCUGGGGGGCAUCAGGAACCCCCACGGCUCUGAGCGUUGCUGCGUCAGCUGCCAGGGCUGUCAUCGGGUCCCUGCUGUGACCCCGUGGAUCCCCAGCAAAACCCCACUGGUUGCUGCGUCCACUGCCCUGGAUCCCCCCACAGACCCCUGGGUCUCUCCUGUGACCCCCCUGGAUCUGAGCCUCCAAAUAAAGGCGUUGGAUCCUGUUGA